CAGGUUAAUCAUUUUGACGUGCUCUUUUUAGCUGUUAAACUAAUUUGAAGCACCAAUGAGCCAACAAGUCAUGAAGAAAAGAGUCAUUGUGAAAAAGAAUAAGUUGCGUAUAUGUUUUACCUGUGCACCAACAAUCCCUAGUAAUUAGACUUUGCCUGUCCAAAAAGUAACCUUUGUAUUUUAUCUCUCUCCGUCUCAAAAUGAGUGAUAAUGUUGAUAAUAAUGUUGUGAAAAAAGUUGCCAUUAAGGCGGCCAAAUCAAUUGAUGCCAAUGAUGGGGAGACGAGAUAUAGUUUCACAGGACGCAUGCAGGAAUUGGUUGAGGCGUAUAAUUCUGCCGUACAAUUGCUGCAGCCGAGGUGGCCGUGGUUCUUCUACCCCGGAUAUUUAAUAUACGCGGUCUACUGGCGCUAUGCCAAAUACUACAGGGGCAAGUUUCUGUUGACGCCCAUGCCGAAUCGCCUCUACGAACUGCUGACCAGCAACGAACUGAUCAAAUCCGAGCACGUAAUCUUCGCCAGCACGGAUGUCUACAACAUCUACGCCGAAUCGGACGAUGUGAACUUUGUCAAUUUGGUGGUGCGUGGCGGUGGUAAAGCUGGUUCAACUACUACUACUACUUCUAGUAAUCCCGAUAGAUCUUGGGAUGCAUCCGAGUUGGUCAUCAAGCAAAUCUUGCAGGAUACGCCGUAUACGAUUGUGGCACAACUGUUGCCGGUGGAGAGCUCACAAUGCCAGAGCAACUGCCUCUAUAUAAUGGAAAACCUUUAUGGCAAUCUCAUGGAACGUUUUGGCAAUAGUGGCAAUAAGACGAACAACUUUUGGGUACAGCUGGAGCACUUCAGCGAUGAGCAAACGAUACCAACAAUAGCGACAAAAGCGCACGUUUAUCUGCUCAAUAAUCCGCAUGAGUUGCCCGCCGAGUUGUCGGAACUGAUCUUGAGCAACUACUUCAAUACGCCGCGAAUGCUGCACCGUGGCCACAUCUAUCGCAUUGAGGUGAACGCUCAGCUGGUGGGCACCGCUGCCUAUGCCCAUUAUUAUCUAAUCUUCGCGUAUUUGAGGGAGGUCUACUUCCGCUGUGUGCAGCUGGAGGCUAAAGGCAGCGAGUUUGAGCUGCAGGCUGUGGUGGCCAAGAACUUUAGCAAUCUGCUGCAGGUGCCACAUGUGCAAAGCUUUCUGCCACGCCAGAUUCUCGAUAGCUGCGCAAUUGCUAAUAAUUAUCCGAGUGGUCUGCGGAAACCCUAUCAAAAGUUGCGCUCCUCGGUGGAUGCAUUUCUGCCAAAGAGAUCGGCCUGCUUGUCGUCCAAGCACAUCUUUCCCGUGUUUCUGCUGCAGGGCGAACGAGGCGCUGGCAAAACAAAGCUCAUCAGUGCAAUGGCCCAGGAGCUGGGCAUGCAUAUCUAUGGAGCUGAUUGUGCGGAAAUUGUGUCCCAAGUUCCCUCGCAUACGGAGAUGAAAUUGAAGGCGGUGUUUGCCAAGAGUCAGAUAAGCGAACCGCUUCUAAUUUGUUUCCACAACUUUGAGAUAUUCGGUAUUGAUAACGAGGGCAACGAGGAUCUGCGUUUGCUGUCCGCCUUUCAUGUGCAGAUUCAGGAUCUGUUCACACGCGAUCGCAAGUUUCCCGUCGUAGUUGUUGCGCUCACCAGUGACAAGCACUUGAAGCCCAUGAUUCAGAGUCUCUUCCUGGAGAUCAUCAGCAUUGAGGCGCCCAAUCAAGCGGAACGCUUCGAGCUACUCCAAUGGAUGCAUGUCCGGGAAUCAUUCAACGAUGCGAUUUACAACCAAAAGACAUUGACUCAGUUGCCACUGUUUCCACUGCAAAUGCAAUCCCGUUACCUUAAUCGACUCUGUCCCAAGUGGAAGGAGACGAGGAGUGUGCUUCAUGAAGUCGCGGCUAAAUCCCAGGGAUUUAUGUUGGGUGAUCUGCAGCUGCUCUAUGACAAUGCCGUGCGACUCAAGCGACGCCAAUCGACCCGGGCACAAUCGCAUCUCACGCUAGAACACUUUGCCACAAAUCUGAACGAGAUGCAGAGCUCCUUUGCCGACAGUUUGGGUGCACCCAAGGUGCCCAAGGUGUACUGGUCCGAUAUCGGUGGUCUCUACAAGCUUAAGGAUGAAAUUCAGAGCAGCAUUGGUUUGCCGCUAAAGCAUGUCCAUUUAAUGGGCAAAAACUUGCGGAGAUCAGGCAUUCUGCUUUAUGGACCACCUGGCACCGGAAAGACCCUGGUCGCCAAGGCAGUUGCCACCGAAUGUAAUCUGAGCUUCCUCUCCGUGCAGGGACCCGAGCUGCUGAACAUGUAUGUUGGCCAAAGCGAGCAGAAUGUCCGGGAGGUAUUCACCCGUGCUCGCUCGGCGGCGCCCUGUGUACUCUUCCUGGAUGAGUUGGACUCGCUGGCACCGAAUCGUGGCGUUGCUGGCGAUUCAGGCGGUGUCAUGGAUCGUGUGGUCUCCCAGCUGCUUGCCGAGAUGGACGGCAUGUGCAAUGGGGAUGUGAGCAAGCCCAUUUUUAUACUGGCUGCCACAAAUCGUCCGGAUCUAAUUGAUCCGGCACUCCUGCGACCUGGACGCUUCGAUAAGCUCUUCUAUGUGGGUCCGUGCUCGACGGCCGAUGACAAGGCAGCGGUGCUCCGUGCGCAGACGCAACGCUUUAUCCUGUCCGGUGACGUGGAUCUCGUGCAGAUCGCUGAGCACCUCCGAAGCGAGAUGAGUGGUGCAGAUUUGUACUCCAUCUGCUCCAAUGCCUGGCUAUCUGCAGUACGUCGCAUCAUUAACAAGCAUUUGAGUUGCGGCCUGGCCGCAAAUGAGCUGACUGCUGCCCACAUCAUCGUUGAGUCCGAGGAUUUUGCGACGUCCUUCAACAAAUUUGUGCCUUCAAUUAGCCAAAGUGAUUUGGAAUAUUUCAAGAACCUGAAGGAAUCGUAUAGCGUUUAAAUUGGACAAGCCGAAUUUGUUAAUUAAUUUAUCGAGUGUAUCGUUAAUGUGACUGUAUAAUUGUUAUAACAAUUCAAUUGUUACUAUAUGCUAUAAUUUAUACGAUUUGUUAAAAUGUUUAUUUCAAAAAUCA